AAUGUCACAGUACUGUUUUUUAUUGUCAACCUUCCUGCAGGUGGUUUCAAACUCUGUCUUACCUGAAGAAGGUAGCGGAUUAAUCAGACUAAUGUUGCAGCUCCACAUGGUAACAUGGGUAGCUUGCAGGCAGGAGCAGGGAGGGACGAGAGCAGCAGAGAGAGAGAAUGAGGUUGGAGGGAGAAAAAAAAGCAGAGAGAGAGAGAGAGAGCUCAGGACUCCCCUUCAGGCAUCCGAACAAGUCUGGACUGUUCUGCUGCUGCUUGUGUUCAGCCUACACUAAAAGCAAAGCAGCCUUCGGGAUUUAGAAACAGCGUCUACAGUCUCCUGCAGGGAUGUACCGACAGUUCAGAUUUUGAGCUACAGUGGAUGAUCGUGGAAGUUGUCUUGUUCUUCUUGAAGCUGUGAUACUGAACAUCGCUGACUGGGAUUACUACUGUGUGUGUGUGUGUGUGUGCAGACUCUGCAUGGAGAGCUAGGGCUGGAUAUGCCACAGGUGGGAAGGUGUGAAGCGGCAAGCUGUGGCCAGGUGCACGGAGCAAAGUCCCCCAGGUUGUGAAGAUGUGGAGCUGGGUUGUCUCUGUGACGGUUCUCCUGUCCUCCAUGAAACAGGCUGAAGCUCAGGGCAGGUGUAAUAAUGUGCAAGCAGCAGAUAUUGUUUUCCUGGUCGAUGGGUCUUCCAGUAUCGGCCGACCUAACUUCCUGCAGGUGAAGGGCUUCAUGGCUGGAAUCGUCAAGCCAUUCGCCAGCUCUGUCAGCGAGUCAGGGAUACGGUUUGGUGCCGUACAGUACAGUGACACCUCCAGAGUUGAAUUUACAUUUACUACCUACCUGAAUGGCACCGAGCUGGUGACCGCUGUACAGAAUCUGAACUAUAAGGGUGGAAACACGCGAACUGGUGCCGGUCUCAAGUUUGUUGCCGAUAACUUUUUCCACCCUACGUCCAGUCGGAGUGUCCAAAAGAUCACCAUCCUAAUCACAGAUGGGAAGUCACAGGACAAUGUGCAAGAGCCAGCACAGAAGCUGCGCAGUCUAGGAGUGCAUGUUUUUGCAGUUGGUAUAAAGAGUGCAGACAGAAAUGAAUUAGCUCAGAUCUCCUCCCAGCCCAGCAGUGAUUUCACCUCCUUUGUUGGAGACUUCAAAGUGCUGAAUACUCUUCUUCCUCUUGUGAGCCCCCGAGUGUGUUCCAAGGCAGGAGGAGUCUAUGCUAGUGAUGAGGCAUUUUCUGGUCCGUCCAACAUUCAGUUCACAGGCCAGACGUCUGAUUCUCUCAGGUUUCGCUGGAGUCCAGCAGGCGGGCCUGUGAGUGGCUAUGUGGUCCAGUAUGUGCCACUGUCCGGGCUGGGUCAGCCCAUCACAGCAGAACUGCGUCAAGAGUCUGUCGCUGCCAAUCAGAGGACCUUUACAGCACGAGAGCUGAGAUCAGGAACCGACUAUCUGGUGACUGUCAUCGCCCAAUACCCCAACAGUGUGGGAGAGUCUGUUUCUGCCAAACAACGAACCAGAUCUUUGCCAGGGGUCUCCAGUCUGCGGCUGAUCCAGGCAGGUUUCUUCUCUCUCUCUGUGGGCUGGGAUCAGCCUUCAUCACCUGUCCAGGGCUACAGACUCACCUAUGGACCACGAGGUCAGCCAGCAGCUCAGCUGUUGGAGCAGUCUCUGUCUGCAGACUCCACAUCAGUCACCCUGGAGUCACUUCAGCCCGACACAGAGUAUGUCAUCAGCCUCUACCCUCUGUUCCCCCGAAACUCUGCAUCCCCAUCCACCCUCAACGCUCGCACAUUACGCCUUGAGGCAGUGCAGCAGUUAACAGUGGAGACGGAGUCAGAGGGCAGUGUGCGUGUGCGGUGGAGAGGUGUCAGCGGCGCGCGAGCCUACCGUUUGGUCUGGGGGCCGUUUACAGGUCGAAAUGUGGAGACUGUGGAGGUUGCUGCUGACAGCGAGUUUUACACUUUGUCCAAUCUGCAGCCCGACACAGAGUACAUUGUCACUAUUAUCCCACUGUAUGAAGGAAACACUGAGGGACCUGGAGCAACAGCCAGGUUUAAGAUAGAGCGUCAGGAGCAGCAGGUCCUCAGAGCAGCUACCACCGGCCCCUCCACUAUUCGCCUCACCUGGAGAAUCAUUCAGUCCUCACAAGGGUACCGCCUCGAGUGGAGGGAGGGGGAAGGAGGCCGCGUCCAGAGCCUGUCAUUUCCCAGAAGCACUACCAGCUACGAUUUAACAGGCCUUCAGCCCAAAACAGAAUAUAUUAUCACCCUGUACACCUUGUACGAAGGUCGUGAGGAGGCCACACCUGUCUCCACCACAUCCAGAGAGGAACAGCCUGUGGGGAGGGUGUCCAACCUGAGAGUUGUCGAGUCUCUGGGCAGUACUGUCAGAAUCGGCUGGACGGGUGUAGCCGGAGCCACACAGUACCGCAUCGUUAUCCUGAGCACAGAAACGGGAACAGAGGAAACCCGGAUUAUCCCUGGGAACCAGACGACCCUUGACCUCAGAGACCUGACAGUGGGAGUGUCUUACGGCGUCAGUGUCACAGCGCUGGUGGGAGAAAAUGAAGGGGACGCAGUUACUGUCUACAUUAAACCAGAGCAAGGUGUUGGCAGAGUGACUAACCUCCGAGUGACAAAUGCAAACAGUCGGAGAAUUCGAAUUGCCUGGACAGGUGUUACUGGGGCAACAGGUUACAGGGUUACUUGGAGACAAGGCAACAGUGCAGAGCAGUCCCGUCUUCUCGGCGCGGAGGUCGCAACCUUCACUAUAGACGGCCUGCAACCAGAUGAGGCACUGGUAAUUGGCGUGGCACCUAUGGUUGAUCAGCGUGUUGGAGAAGUGGUCACGCUGUCUUCUCGGACUAACCCUCACGGCGGAUCCGUGUCUGGCCUUCGCAUCAUCGACGUCACAUCUCAGAGGAUCCGUAUUGCGUGGUCAUCUUCAACUAGGGCAACUGGCUAUAAGAUCACUUGGCGGCGUGAUGAUGGAGUUGAAACAACUCGUAAUGUACCUGCCGAUGUCUCUUCCUACACCAUUGAUGGACUACAGGCAAAUUCAGCCUACACUGUGUUAGUUUCUUCACUAAGUGGCUCUCGAGAGGGAAGUCCUUCCACCCUGGCUAUCAGAACAGAGUCAGAUCAGUCCGUGGUCGGGACUGUGACGUCACUGCAAGUCCACGAGACCCAUGGAGAGGUCGUCCGAAUCACUUGGGUUGGUGUGCAAGGAGCGACAGCUUAUCGUGUGUCUUGGAGGAAAACAGACGGCGGUCAAGAGAGGAGUCAAUUGGUGGGAGGGGAAGUGACAACAGUGGAUCUAGACCGGUUGGACCCCGGAGCCCAGUACGAGGUGCAGGUCAUGGCUUUAGUUCAAAACAGGGAGGGAACCCCUGUGUCUGUCAGAGUCACCACACCUGGUGCCGUCACCCCACCUCCAUCACUACCUACCACAACCUUACGAGUGGCAGAGGUUACCCAGAAUUCUGUGCGGCUCGGCUGGAAUCCACUACAAGGUGCCACAGGAUAUAUUCUGCGCUGGAGAGAGGAGUCAGAUGUUGGUCCAGGUUUGUCUGUUACGCUCCCUGCUUCGUCAAGCUAUUACCAGGUGACGGGGCUGCGUCUGGGUCGUCGAUAUCGCUUUACCGUGCAGCCCACCUUUGCAUCUGGAUUGGGAACAGAGAGCUCUGUAGAUGAACACACUGUAUGUGUGGACGGGCGUCUGGAUGUGGUGUUUCUGGUGCCGGCAUCUACAGAUCGGAUUAGCAUUGCAAGACCUCUGCGUGAACUCCUGACAAGUGCAGCGAGGUCGCUCCACACUAUCGGAGCCCGGGACUCACAGAUGGGAGUUGUGGUAUACGGUUACAGACCCAAAAUAUGGUUCCUGCUGAAUCGCCAUGGCAGAUCUGACACGCUUCUUCAAGAGAUCGAGUCCACACCCUUUGAUGAAAGCCCAGGGAAUAACAUCGGUGAGGCAGUGACAUUCACCAGACAAUACCUUCUGACCACCACAUCUGGGCGGAGGCCGAGGGUCCCUGGUGCUGUCGUGAUCAUCGCUGACAGAAGAUCAGCUGACAACCUCACUCUCGCAGCCAGUGGUCUCAGGGCUUCAGGUGUGACAGUGUUAGCAGUGGGUAUAGACCAGGCGAAUGUAGAGGAGCUGCGUCGGGUGGUGACAGAUGGCAGCACCCAGAACAUCCUGUAUACCCGUGAUGGAGCACAGUUGGACACCCUACACAGCGAUCUGGCAGACUUGCUCUGUGGUAUUGCCAGAAUACCAGACGGAAUUCCAGGUCCAGAUCAUUGUAACAUUCAGUGCCCUCAGGGUGAGAGGGGAGAGCGUGGAGAGAAGGGUGAAAGAGGCAGAGAUGGUGUCGAUGGACGCAAGGGAGAGCCUGGUCGUGAUGGUUUGCCUGGGAGGGAAGGGCCUAGAGGACCUGAAGGACGCCCAGGUCCACCGGGCCAAACUAUCCCCAUUGACCCUUCAGGGGGCGUGAAAGGAGAAAAGGGGGAAAGAGGUUUUCCUGGCAUUGAUGGAAAUCCAGGGUUGCCAGGACGACCUGGUUCCCCUGGAAGCGCCGGGGUCCCGGGUUCACAGGGCCUACCUGGUGUCAGAGGAGACCAAGGUGGACCUGGUGUGACAGGGCCACAAGGGCAAAAGGGCGAAAGAGGUGAAAGGGGUGAACCGGGCUCAACUGUAUCUGGAGGUGGUCUACCUGGGAGGAAAGGGGAGCCAGGCAUCCCAGGAAUACCGGGUACUCCAGGUCGUCCAGGCAGCGAUGGGGCCAAAGGUAGCCUUGGAGUUCCAGGGACACCAGGUCAGGAUGGUCGCCCAGGUAUACCAGGAACACCAGGACUCUCCAUCAAGGGAGACAAGGGCAGCACAGGAGAGAGGGGACCUCCAGGAGUCGGCAGUGGGGUGGCUGUGAAGGGCGAGAAGGGCUCCCCAGGUACUGCAGGACCUUCAGGAGCUCUGGGCCCUAGAGGGCUAGCAGGACCACAGGGUGCCAAAGGAGACAAGGGUGACAGUGGUGAGGGGCUGCCUGGAGCUCAAGGCAGGCAAGGAGAGCCUGGGGACAGGGGUCCCCGUGGGCCUCCAGGAGAAAUUGGUAGCAAGGGUGACCGAGGACAGCAAGGUGAGGCUGGAUCACAGGGAGACAGGGGGGAGAGAGGACCAGCUGGUGAAACUGGAGAGCGAGGGGACCCAGGGAAGCCAGGCCUCGCAGGAACAUCGGGUCUGAGAGGUUUACCAGGGCCCAGUGGACCAGCGGGAGAAAAGGGAAACGAAGGUGCACGGGGGGAGCCCGGCAGAAGUAUCCCAGGUCUUCCAGGGAAGAAAGGGGAACAGGGAGAAAGAGGCCUGACUGGUGCUGAGGGGUCAAGGGGAGAAAAAGGAGAAGCUGGACAGAGAGGAGAGAAAGGGUCGCCAGCGUCCGGAGGGUCAGGCGUUGUUGGACCUAAAGGAGAGCCGGGAGAGAGAGGACUUGCGGGUAUCAGCGGAAAGCCGGGUGCCAAGGGAGAGCCAGGUGAACCAGGAGAGAGGGGUGAGAAUGGGCGACCAGGAAUCCCAGGCAAGCUGGGUCCUGCUGGGAAACAGGGAGAGAGAGGAGAGAAGGGCGAUGACGGUGUACCUGGGGAGUCUGGACUUCCGGGGAAGCCAGGAGAAAGAGGACUGAGGGGACUGAACGGUCAACCAGGACGGCCAGGAGAGAAAGGAGACAUGGGCGACCCAGGAGAGCAUGGACGAAAUGGCAGCCCUGGACCUUUGGGAGCGAGAGGAGAAAAAGGAGAAGUGGGACCCCAAGGGCCUCCAGGACCAGCGGGAAAAGUAGCUGACAUCCAGGGUCAGCUAAAAGGAGAGCGAGGAGAGAAGGGUGACGAUGGUGACCCAGGAGAGCAUGGUAGCAAAGGCCAGAAAGGCGAAGCAGGGACUCCUGGAGCCGCAGGCCUACGAGGUCCUGAGGGACAACGAGGGCCCGCAGGCACAAGAGGUGACUCAGGAGAGAGAGGAGCACCUGGAGAGAAGGGAGAAAGGGGAGCAUCGGGGUUAGACGGACGUCCUGGACUGGAUGGUAAACCAGGUGCUCCUGGACCACCUGGUCAGAGGGGUGAUCCUGGGAAACAGGGCGAUCAUGGGAGAGAUGGUUUACCAGGAAUUAGAGGAGAACAGGGCCCCGCAGGACCUGUUGGGCCUCCAGGCACAGCAGGGACACCUGGUAAAGCAGGUGAAGAUGGCAAACCUGGGGCUCCUGGAAAAAUGGGCGAGGAUGGUGUUCCAGGUGAAGAUGGGAGAAAGGGGGACAAAGGAGAGCCAGGAGCAGCUGGAAGAGAUGGCCGUGAUGGGCUGAAAGGAGACCGGGGGCUUGCUGGACCUGUAGGACCCUCUGGGCCUGCGGGGUCUCCUGGAAUACCUGGCAACAUUGGUCCUCCUGGGCAGGUUGUGUAUGUUAAAGGAGUUGAAGCGGCACCAAUCCCAGGUCCGCAGGGGCCUCCAGGAACCCCUGGCGUACCUGGGAUCCCAGGAGCUGCGGGGGCUAGAGGAGACAGAGGGCCAGCCGGCCUCAAAGGCGAAGCUGGAGACCCAGGAGAGGACGGGGCACCGGGCAAACCUGGAACAGCAGUGGAUGUACAGAAGGCUCUGUCCGGCUUAGGCAUUCAGGUGUCUGAUCUGAAGGCUGUUGUGGCCAUAAAGGACACAGUACUGACUCACACAGUGCAGAAGCCAGAGAAAGGUGCAAAAGGAGACAGGGGUGAACCUGGACAAAGAGGACAAUCUGGUUUAGAUGGUGGUCGUGGUUUUCCAGGAGAGAGAGGCGUCAAAGGAGAUCAAGGGGAGCGAGGACCCGCAGGAGCAACUGGGCCUCCAGGUAGAGCCAUUAGUGAGCGGGGACCUGAGGGACCCCCAGGACCUGCUGGAGAGCCAGGCAAGCCGGGAAUACCGGGAGUUCCUGGGCGAGCUGGAGAACUCGGGGAGGCUGGAAGACCUGGAGAUAAGGGGGCGAGUGGAGAGAAAGGUGACAAAGGAGAGUCUGGUAAACUCGGACUAACAGGACCCCCCGGCCCAGCAGGUCAAAAGGGAGCAUCUGCUGAGUCAGUAUUGACCGGUAUGCCUGGGGCCCGAGGCGCUCCAGGAGUUGCAGGACAAAAGGGAGAACCUGGUGCUGCCGGACCAAUAGGACUUAAAGGAGAGCGGGGUUUUGCUGGAGCUCGUGGUGACAAAGGAGACAGAGGAGAAUCUGGUGAAAGAGGACGUGAUGGCCAGCAGGGAAUACCAGGAGAAUCAGGAAAACCUGGUCAGGAUGGGAAACCGGGCUUGCCUGGGUUCCCAGGAGUUCUAGGCAGACCGGGAAACCCAGGAGAGCCUGGCAUGAGGGGACCAACUGGCCCCAUGGGUCCCAACGGGCUUCCAGGUCCACCAGGCGUGAAGGGUAACCAAGGAGAGGCGGGUGUUGGCGUCCAGGGGCCUCCUGGUGCUCAAGGGAGCACAGGUCUGCCGGGACCACCAGGCCCUCCGGGAGCUGUAGGUCCACAGGGCCCCCCAGGACUUUCAGGGCAGGUGGGUGAAGCUGGUAAACCAGGAGUCCCUGGAAGAGAUGGGGUACCUGGCAAAGAAGGAAUACAUGGAUUACCAGGAAAGCAGGGCAUUGCUGGACCUCCAGGCCAGGCCGGCUUAAAGGGGGAGCAGGGAGACAGCGGUCCUCCAGGGAAGGCUGUGGCUGGACCUCCUGGGCCCAAAGGAGAGAAGGGUCUUCCGGGUCAAACACUGCCAGGCACACCUGGAGAGAGAGGUCUGUCUGGAGAAAAGGGUACCAGGGGAGACAAAGGUGCUGCUGGCAUCAAAGGAGAAAGAGGAGUAGGUGGUGAACCUGGAGAGCCUGGAGAAGACGUGAGUAAUCAGCCCGUCUGGAUUUAGAUUGUGGUGUUUGUUUUCUAAAUCACGUGUCACAUGUUAAAACCUAU